AUGAUUCGAGCGAUCGAUGGUAUCUCGAACGUUUCUCGUAUACUGUCAUCAGAAACUUGUCAUAAAAUGACUACAAGAAUUCUUAUAAAAGAUAUUUUAAUCCUGAUACCACUAAUGUGCUGCAUUCCAUACAACUUUUUCUACGUACCUUAUAUUUUUUCUUACACUUGUUGGUGUACUUUUCUCGGUGUUAUAGUAUUAACUAGCUUGUACACGAACAACGUAUACGUGCUAAAUGCCUGUUUUAAAUACAUAAACGAUUCUUUAGUGAAAGUGAUGGAAAUUCUAGUUAAUGAUGAGCCUCAUCUACUUAGAAGAGUCUAUCAUAUGCAGAACAAUCCUAUAUUGUUGACAAAGUUGAGGACUCUUAAACAGCAACAUCUAGAGAUGAGCGAAGUCGUUCAGCUACUGAAUAAUACGUGUAGCAUGCAGAUAGAAGCCAUGUUCACAAUAAUGUUCAUCUACAUUAUAUUCACUAUGUACAAUUAUUUGUACACCAUGUACAGAGAAGUGGGCGAGGUGAAAUCGCUAACUCUUAUUCUUGGCUUUGCGAUUUAUUACAUCGUACAUAUAAUUGUCACAGUUUCGAUCGUUGAAAUUACCAGGGCUCAAAUGCAGAAAACUGGCCGCAACGUUCAUCGAAUUCUUGUACAUACUUUCGACGAGCAGGUGACGACGGAGUUGGAAUUGUUCUCGUUGCAAGUGCUACAAAAGGGUAACGCGUUCGUGAUGAAGGGACUCGUAAUAGAUGCAACUCUUUUGACAAAGAUAGCGUGCGGCAUCACCACGUUUUUGUUAAUAUUAGUGCAGUUCCUACUCGUCGAGUCUUGUUGAUGAGAAGCUUCAAUUAGUACAAUUUCUGUCUUACUUCUUUCGCAAUAAAGUCACAUAUUUAAUCAAGUUAAAAGCAUUUUCAUUGCACGAUGAAAUAGCAAUCCACAUUAUUUAUUUACACACACAUUUCAUUAUCGAAUUGCAUUUUUUCAUGCUUUGAUGAUUGAGUUUCAUUAGUCAAAGUGUCUCCGUCUUAAAAACGAUAGUCGUUUGUGAGAAAUUGUAGUCUACGUACAUUAUUGACCAAGUUCUUUUAUUAAUGUCGAAUUUGUCCACUAUUUAAUGAUGUUAAAAAGUACGGGAAUAAUCGAGGAACUAAAGAAACGUAGAACAUGGAAGUUAUUGAGAGCAGCAGAUUUCGAAUCGUUGAUGUAUCCUUGCUUCUUCAUCUGCUGGUUACUCGGAUAUUUUCCUUAUAGGUACGAACAUCAAGUAUACUCAGUUUCGAAGGGGCGUUUCGCUUUUUCUACGUCUAUGAUGUUCAUUUUCGUGUGUUCGUUAAUAAUCACAAUCUAUGAAAUAAAUAUUGACAUGAAAAUAAACAGGAGCAUACCAGAGUCGAUUCAAGCGAACAUGUACGUGUUCUUAGAUGGGUUCGUGAUCGUGGUGAUGUAUUUGUUAACUGAUGCUCGAUUAUCAGUGAUCCAAAAUCUGUCAAGAACCAGCUGCAUACUGUCUGCAAAGGAUUUCAAAGAUUUGUCUAAGGUGAUUCACACGAAGGACAUUUUAUGUUUUCUAUUUCUGGCC